AUGUUGAACAAACUCCGAAAAUGGUUCCAAGCACGCUCGGUUGCACGCGUGCAAGUGCUCUCUGACCUUCACCUGGAAGUUGCGAGCCAAUACGCGACGUACACAUUUCCCGUUGCGGCGCCCUUCCUCCUGCUGGCAGGGGACAUUGGUCGCCUCAUCGACUACGACGGCUAUCUCAAGUUUCUCGUCGCCCAAGUCUCACGGUUCGACAAGGUGUUCCUGAUCCUCGGAAACCACGAAUUCUACGGCUUGGAAUACCAGGUUGGACUUGAAGAGGCGCAGCGACUCUCCAAGGAGCCGGCAUUGCAAGACAAGCUGGUCCUCCUGCACAAGUCACGCUGGGACGAUCCCGACUCGAACCUCACUAUUCUCGGCUGCACCCUCUGGUCGUCCGUCCCAGAGACGGCAUUUGAAAUUGUCGAAUCCAAGAUUAAGGAUUUCAAGAAGAUCCAGAACUGGACUGUUCACGACCAUAACCGCGUCCACGCAGACGAACUCGGAUGGCUUCGCGGCCAGGUUUCCCGGGCGAAGCAGAGCAAUCGGACGAUUCUAGUUGCAACGCACCACGCCCCGUGUAUAGAGGGAACCUCGCGACCAGAACAUGCGCAGAAUCCGUGGACGUCGGCCUUCGCCAGUGAACUACUAGGCGACAGCAGCUUUGAAGGCGUCAAGUUCUGGGUGUUUGGUCACACCCACUACACAACAAGGUUUACAAGACGAGGAAUUGAUGUGAUUGCGAACCAGCGAGGAUAUGUGCUCCCAGGCGGCUCGGCGCAUGUAGAAGGAAGAGAUUCAACGACGAAGGCGAAGAGGCAGAAGAAUACGUUUGAUCCAUCUUGUACCAUUAGAAUAUAG